AUGGCGGUUAUUGUUCCUCGUAAUUUUCGACUUCUUGAUGAAUUGGAGAAGGGCCAGAAAGGGGAGUGUGCCAGUGGAUGUUCAUUUGGAUUAGAGAUACCAGAUGAUAUUACUCUCACCCACUGGAAUGGUACUAUAUUCGGACCCCCCGGGACAGCCUUUGAGAAUAGGAUCUAUUCUCUCACGUUGGAAUGCGGGCCCGAGUACCCCGAUAGAGCCCCUACUGUUAAAUUCAAUACUAGGAUUAAUAUCAACUGUAUCGAUACCAAGAACGGCCAUGUUAACUCUAGAUGGGGCCCCUUGGGGUCGUGGAAAAGGGAGUACACCAUCGAAACUGUAUUGGAAUCAUUACGCCGAGAGAUGACCUCAGCUGCUAAUAGGAAGCUACCCCAACCUGAGGAAGGUGCUUGCUAUUAAAGGACAACACUACUGUUGUUGUUUUGUAUACCACUACACUGUAAGGCAUCUGGUGUUGAUGAGAGAUUGUCACCACACACUUGGCAUUACUCGUAUCUUUCUGUUGA